UAUUAAACUAUGCUUAUAUAUUUUUUGUUAAUAAGAGUUUGAUUACACAUAUGUUCUGUGGUUUCUAUCUACUUCUAUGGUUUAUGGUUUUAUAGUAAUUUAAAGAAAAUUGUGGACGAGUUGUUUAUCUGAGUCCUUUGUCUAUUGAGGUUAUGUAUUUCAGUUAUUUCUUACAAUCCAAUAACUAUGUUAGUGUUAUUGUAUUUUAGUUAAUUUUCACAUGUUUGUUUUGCUUACAAAAACAAAAGUACGGUACUGCCAUUAUGCAAAAUUGGUAUAAAUUAAUAUGUAACAAAAGUGAACUUCAACUUUUAGGUACUCUAAAUGGUGGUCAAAGUUUUAGAUGGAAACAGUAUUUUAAAGAUGAUAAGGAGCAAUGGAUAGGAGUUUUUUCAAAAAGAGUUUGGAUUUUGCAGCAACAAGACAGUUGUAUUUUAUAUAAAGUAUUUGAGAAUGACCUGGAAGUCAGACAGAGUGAAGAAUUUUACAAUAAACUUUUAUUAAAAUAUUUUCAAUUGGACCUCAAUUUGCAAGAUUAUUAUGACCAUUGGGGCAAACAAGACCCUUAUUUCAAAGAUGCUGCGAAAAGAUUCUAUGGAAUUAGAAUAUUAAAUCAAGAUGUUGUUGAAAAUAUUUUUUCUUUCAUUUGUUCACAAAAUAACCAUAUUUCUAGGAUCACACAUAUGGUGCAGAAAUUAUCAGAAUUUUAUGGCAGUAAAAUUUGUGACAUUGAUGGUGAAGCAUACUAUUCAUUUCCUGAUGUCCAGGCCCUGGCUCAGGAUUCUGUAGAACAAAAGCUCAGGGCAUGUCGUUUUGGGUAUAGAUCAAAGUACAUUAAUAAUUCUGCCAAAUUAAUCCUUAGCGAAGGAGGUGACAAGUGGAUAAAUGAUCUUCAGAGUUUGAACUAUGGUUCAGCAAAAAAAAAGCUCAUGACCCUUGCAGGAAUAGGAGCAAAGGUUGCAGAUUGUAUAUGCCUGAUGUCCCUGGGUCAUUUGGAAGCUAUUCCAGUUGAUACUCAUAUUUUUCAAAUAGCUGCCAGUUUGUACAUGCCAGAGCUUGCGACACAAAAAACAGUUACACAGAAAAUUUACAAUGCAAUUGGAGAUCAUUUUCGUGAGUUGUAUGGGCCACUAGCUGGUUGGGCUCACACAGUACUCUUCUGUGCAGAUUUGAAAAAAUUUCACAUUCCUAAAAGUACCCUAGGCUGUCAAGAAACUAAAAAAAACAAAAGGCAAAAAUCUGUGUAAAAUAUUUUAUUUUCUAUUCUACAAUUAUUUUUUAUUAUUCACUAUAAUUUUCAACAAAAUAAAAUGUAUAUUUUCAAAUCAGUUUCAAAAUAGUGCUUUUUCAGUUUUGCAAAAUGCAAGAUCUGCAAGGGCUGUGCAAAAUAAUUUUUCACAUUUUUAUUGUAACUUGUAGUUGUUUAAAAAAUAGAGGAACAGAGAAUAACAAGUAUUAUUUCAAAAGUUUGUGUUUGUUUAUAAAAUAGUGAUACUUCUUGUCAGUCCAUAAUUGGGUACUUAAGAUUAAAAAAUAGAUUAUUUUUAGAAAUAUUUUUCUCUUUUUAAAUUUUAAAUUAGCUUUAAAGGACUGACUGACUGACUGACCUUACUGCACAUAGCAUCAUAUUCAUUCCUUUUUCUGUUUCUUCAAUUAUAUCCGACACAUUACGAUUUAAAAACUUUAGGUAUCCCGCAGCCACACUAGAUUGUCAUUAUAGUCAAAGUGAGUCGCUUUCCAAGAUUUUGGAUUUUUGAAAAAUCAAAAAGGAAACUAAAACUAAUGUCUUACAAAAAUUUAUGACGAAAUUAUGUGUUGUCGAUUCAUUAGAUGUUUUUUAGAACAAACAAGAAAGAAACUAAUGAAAUAAAAAUAUUUGAAAGGUGACAGUUUAAGUAUAAGGAAAAAAAGCAUAAUAAUAAAUUCAUAACCCACAAUAUUUGCUAUUUUUGUAACUUUAUCGUUUUACUACCGACACUUUAAACGUUAGUGAGAGGGAAAAAUAUUUCUCAUAAAAUGAGCACGCUUCAAAUUAGGGAUUACGUAGAACAACGCCAAAAGUAUAAAAAGUCCCCAAUAAAUUUAAUAAUUUAUUUAGAACAAAAUUGUUUUGAAUAUAAUUAUCAAUUUUAUAUUUCUAAAGAAUUAGUUAUGGGAGACCCACUUAGUUUACUAAUAGAAAAUUUUAUGAACAAUUUAGAAGAUAUUACAUGAACAUCCUCCUAUUAAAAGCUUUUCUUUAAGCCAGGUAGACCAAAUUGUAAGAAAUUUGCUAGAUAAAAUUGCCAUACCAUUUUUCCCGAAUUUGUGCCUGUCAAUUGAAGCAUAAACUUUAUUUUAAUAAACUUAUAGGAUUAACCUUUUUGACAAAAGUCUAAAUACAAUUUUAUGAGGUACUAGAUAUCGCACAGGAAAAUAUAAGUGAAAAAAAUGCAACUACAGAACCUCAUAUAGACUGGACGCUAAUUCCUUUAUCGUAAGUCUAAUUGCACUUGAAAGUUUCGCCUUCCUAAUAUAUAAUUGUAAAAAGUGCCAAGGGUCAAUUUGUUUAAAAAAUUGUAGGUAAUGUAAAAUAUUACCAUAACAAUUGCAGACCAUUAGAAAACAACUCAAUAAACAAUUUGUUUGAAAACGUUGCAUUUGAAUAAGUAAGACAAGAAGAAGAAGCCCUAAAUGUCAGAGAAUUGCACAGAAUUUAGUUUUAGGGAACAUAACAUAAUUACUUACUUAUAUUAGAUUUUAUUCAGCAAUUUUUACAAAAAUUUUCUUUUUUUUUUCUAAAGAAACUCUCACAGGCUACUGUAAUACUUU